GUGUCAUCUGAUUACGCACAUAGCUGAUAAGUUAACGUCUAAUCUGUUCCGUGGGUUAAUGCUCUGUGAUUCAGCUGCAGCUUCUCAGCUUGAAGACAUUUUCACAGCAAACAUGAGUGCUGGAACGCCUUACAUCGGCAGUAAAAUAAGUUUGAUAUCCAAGGCACAGAUUCGUUAUGAGGGAAUAUUGUCCUCUGUCGACACAGAUAGGUCCACGGUUGCUUUAGCCAAAGUCAAGUCCUAUGGGACAGAGGACCGACACACUGACAGACCAGUGCCACCAAAAGACGAAAUUUAUGAGUAUAUCAUUUUCCGAGGAAGUGAUAUCAAGGAUAUCACUGUGUCCGAACCACCAAAAACACACCAUGGACUGCCUCGUGAUCCUGCUAUUGUGCAGUCAUCUGUUGGCAGCUCCUCUGCUGCAUAUCGCCCACAGUGGAGUCCAUACAGGGACAUGAUGCCCACCUACAACCAGCUGGCUGCUAGUUCUCUACUCAACCAACAGUACAAUGCAGCACUGGGCCUAGUACCAGGACUUCACGGCAUCCCAGCUAGAAGAGUCCCCAUGGUGGAGCAGGCUGUCCAGACAGUGCCUCUGGCCAGUGCUGCCCAGAGAAGGGGGAAGACUUCAGCCCAGCCACAGAGCAGACAGCCUGUUCGCACAACCCAGCGCUCUGGUUCCCAGCUUCAGAAGGAGAACGUACCCAGCAGUCGGACGCCAUCUCAGCCCACUGCAACUAAGAUUCAAAGCCAAAGCACUGAGAACCAGAAGCAAAGGCAAAAACAAGGCGGUCGCAGAUCCAGGAACCGUAGCAGAGGCCAACUUCUCGUGAAAAACCCGAAGGCUACAACUCUGCAGUUUGAAUCCGAUUUUGAUUUUGAAACUGCAAACGCUCAGUUCAAAGAUGACCUUACAAAGGAGGUUGUAGUGGAAAAGGUGGACACUGCAGAGGCCUCAGACAGUCAGGGUAUGGAGGAGGAGGAAACUCUGGGUGAUAAAUACUAUGACAAAGCCAAAUGCUUUUUUGACAACAUCUCAUCAGACCUUAAGCCCAGGAGAACCACAUGGGCGGAGGAGAAAAAGUUGAACAUGGAAACAUUUGGAGUGCCCGGCCGUUUCCUGAGAGGCAGGGGGUUCAGAGGCCGAGGACAGAGAGGGCAGAGCACCAAUGAGCAGAGACCCCUCCCAAAAGUCGGCAGUGGGAGGUUGUGAAGGCUUUUCCUUUUGUCAACAUUUUCUGUAAAAUAACGAAUAUCAUAGUUUUCUACUAAUUUAUAAAAGUACCUCCCUAUUUUCCCCCUUUUUGAAGCACUUGAAGUAAAGAUUUUUUUUUUUGUUUUUGAUUUUUUUUUUUCUCAUUAUCCCAAUGUACUUUGGACACUUAUAUGAAAUGGGAGAGCAAUUUAUUUUUAAUCCAGCAGCUGUGCACUUAAAGCAGAUCAUUGGUAGCUUGGAAGCAUGCACUGUGGAUUUUGUCCUUUGAACAGGCCAACAGGCAUGCAUUUAAUUUUUGUUUUUGCUCAAUGUCUGAAUGUAUUAAAUAUGUCUACUUCACUGUCCAAAUGUAACUCCAAAUUGGUCUUGGAGGUGUCUUAAAGCUGAAUGGACAGGCAGCUGUACUUUUUUUUUUUUUUUUUCUUCCCUACUUGUAAAAUGAAAACUGUGGAGACAUGUGUAACAGUUGCUAUUAAAUAACAU